UGUCCGUGAUUCAGUGUUGGUAGUCAUGGUAUUAUGAAUGUUACCUUUAUUACUAUCAUCACCAAACAUUUUGUUGAUUGUGAACUUUCUGUUUCAGUGGGAAUCUGAAGUGAUGUUCUUCAUGAUUGUCAUCAUUGCCUUCAGAACACGCAAGAGUGGGAGCAGGACCAUGCUUGCAUAUAUCUCUGUCGCGUCCACAUAUGCUAAGCUUUGCAACAUUCUCCUGUGGUUCAGUGCUGAUCCUGUGUAUGGCAUUCUGUAUCUUGUGUUUGCCAUCACUCAUUUCCUUCUGGUUGGAGAACCUGUAUAUCAGGGCCCAGAGAAUCUGACGUACUUCCAAGGCAAGGAGUUGGAUGAGGAGCUGCAGCGAGACAAGAGUACAGUGUGGCUUAUCACCUUCUACACUGCAUGGAGCCCUGCUUGUUCGAGUCUGGCUCCCAUAUUUGCAAAGCUCUCGGCCCAGUACGCCCUGGACAACCUGAAAUUUGGCAAGAUAGAUGUUGGGCGUUACCCUGAUGCAGCAAAGAAGUACCACAUCAACGAUUCAGCGUUUUCACUUCAGCUUCCAACAAUUUCAAUCUUCAAGAAGGGGGCUGAGGUUGAAAGACGGCCUUGCUUGGAUGCCAAUGCCAAGUUUCAGAAAUUUUACUUCACUGAGGAUAAUAUUAAGGCUUCCUUUGAUCUGAACAAUUUGUACCUCCAGUGUAAGAAGGACCUAGAGGUGAAGAAAGGGAAGAAGGAAGCUCAUGUUAAAGCGGAGUAAAGCAGAAAGAAAAACAUGUGAUAUGUUUGAAGAAGUUGUACAUUAUUUUACCUUAGAUUUUUUUUUUUUUUUAAACAAGGUAAUGAAUCUGUUGUUUAUGUUGUAGCAUAAAAAUUAUAAGUGAAGUCCUUUGCUCCUUUUAAGAAGUAAGAUCACAAAAGAGUUUAGUUCCUAGCCUUUUUUCAUAGAGAUAUGUAAUUGUUUUACUGGUCAGCACACUACACUUAAAUACUUUUAUUGUUGUACCCACCAUCUCUUUAUUUUUCUUAUAACAGAUAUGGAAGUUUUUCAUAUACCAAGCUUGAUGUAAUGAUGGCAACAAUCAGAUUAUAUAUAUAUUUAUUCAUCAGUGAUCUAUAACUUAUUGAGCAGUCACUGAAUUCUCCCAAACAUUUGAGUAAAGCAAGGGACGUAUUGUGAGUUAUAUUCCUACAUAAAAUAAGAUUAUCCCUUAUUGAAACAUAGUAUGUGCAAUUUGUUAGUUUUCCAUAUUGCCCCAUUAUAAUCAACUUACCAAAGUUCAGUGUAUGAAGUUACAUAUCCUGUAUUGUUCCCAUGUGUCAGAGUUGCAUGAAUCCAAAAGCUUUUGAAAGGUUGUAUGAUUGAAAUUCCACAUGUAAAAAGUUGUUCUCAUUUAAAUCAUUGUUGUGAAGGGAGUGUGCAUUGAGUAUCAUGUAACUCUAGUUGUACUUCAUUUUCAUGCUCAAAUAUUAGAAACUUCAGAAGAAAUAGUUUUCAGAACCUGUAGUAUUAUGAUGGCUAUUUUUUUUUUUUUUUAGUAUAGUAUAGUACAUGCCUGUUCAUCACAUACUCCUAAUGUACUAUAUGAUAAAAUAGUCAUUUAAUGCAUACUGGUUUACUAACUGUAAACAUGAGGUGUACUGUACUAUCUUACGUCCAAUAAGCUGUAUCUUACUACCGGUUAUUUUAAUAAUUUGCUUGUAAACAGUGCAUACACAGCUUUGUCGUGAAAGGUCAAGGCAUAUCAUUGUUAUUCACACCUUUCCCCUGCAUGUAGCUUGUUGAUCAAAAGGUAGGAGUAUGAUAUAUAUAAAUUUUGAAAAAGACAAGCUAUUUGCCUUUCAUCAGCACAUCUCUAAGUUUUGUUACAAGUUGUAUAUAAGAUUUAUCAAGAUGAUUUUCCAUGUUAGUGCUUAUUUGCAGAUAUGGUUAAUUUAUCUCAUGAGCUUUUGUAAUAAAGAUUAUUUGUGCCA